AAUUAAAAUAAACAAAAUAAGAAAGACACCUCUUUCCCCUUUCUCUCUCUCUCUCCUUCUCAUCCAAACACACCGUAGAGAGAGAAAAUCGAAGUUUUUAGAGAGAGAGAAACUGAGUUCUAUCGGAGACGAGAGAAAGCUAAAUCCUCCGAUCGGUCUCAAAAGGGAGGUGUUUUCGUUGUAAUUUUUUUUUUGAAUUUUUUGAGUUUUUUGGCAAUGAGGAGAGGCAGAGCAACUCCGGCGGUGGCGGCGGCGGUGAAGCCAAAUGGAUCUGGAGGAUUGAAAGAGAUUAAGUUUCGUGGAGUUAGAAAACGGCCAUGGGGGAGAUUUGCUGCAGAGAUUAGAGAUCCAUGGAAGAAAACUAGGGUUUGGUUAGGUACUUUUGAUUCAGCUGAAGAUGCUGCUAAAGCUUAUGAUGCUGCAGCUCGUACACUUCGUGGGCCUAAAGCUAAAACUAAUUUUCCUUUACCUCUGUAUUCUAAUCAUCAUCAGUUCAAUCAAUCUGUAAACCCUAAUAAUCCGUUAAUUGACCCGAGAUUGUACACACAAGAAGCUCCGAUCGUUUGUCAAAGACCUACAUCGAGCAGUAUGAGUAGUACGGUGGAAUCUUUCAGCGGGCCGAGACCGCCACGUCAGCAAACGGCGGUUUUGCCUUCGACUAGAAAACAUCCUCGAUCGCCGCCGAUCGUGCCGGAUGACUGCAGGAGUGAUUGUGAUUCGUCGUCUUCUGUUGUUGAUGGUGAUGGUGAUUGUGAAGGUGACAAUGACAACAUUGUUUCAUCGUCUUUCAGAAAUCCACUGCCUUUCGAUCUUAACUUUCCUCCGCCGAUGGAUGAUCUUUAUGCUAAUUCAAAUGACCUUUACUGCACAGCUCUAUGUCUUUGAAGGAAAAAUGGUUUCGAAGUUUCGAUUUUUCAAUCAUUGGAAAACCCCAUUUGGCUACUUAGUUUAUUUAAUUAUGGCUGAGAAAAAAAGGGGUGGAAAGAAAAAAAUCACAGAUUUAGAGCAAUUCUAUGAGUCUGUUGCUGGAAGAGAUUUUAACUCUUCGAUUUACUUAUCCUAUUUAAUGUCAUGGUAUUUCAUGAUAGAUGGAUCAGUGUGUCUGAUAAUUGAUCUGAUUAUGUGUCCAACUAUAUAUGAGUUCUGGGAUAAUGUAGUCUUUUACUGUCAGUUGAAGACAGAUUUAUAUACACUGACAUGUAAAAUUUGAGGGAACUUUCAGUUCUGUGUUGUACUAUUAUGACGAGAGUUCUAGUGUCGUCGAUAUAGGAUGAUAUCUACUCUCUCAUCACUUUAUGUAAGAAUCAAAACUUCAUCUAAUCAAAUAUUAGCUUACAUCUGUUCAUUGUCA